AUUUUCGCCCUUCCAUUCUGGGAUCUUCCUUCUUCUUCCCCCAAACGAGAUCUAAGGCGAUCGUAUCCCCUCCUCCGAUCGUCCCUCUUCUCGAGACCCACCCAGCAUCGCCCCCAGAAAAAUCGGCAGCCUGUUGUAGAAACAAUUAAGAGAAGCGAUGCACUUCAUGUAUUCAGUUGCGAUAGCUUGGGCUGUUGCAAUGUGGGGCAGGGCCAUUUACCUAAAAACAAUUUGCUCUGCUGCAGCCUCCGGCUGCUCGCCGAACGAUCCUUCUCCAUCUCCCACGAUCGCUAGCGAUGAACGCGCGGGCACCGUCACCGAUGCAUCAGAGAAUGAAGAAGCCUCCGGCGAUUCCGAUGAAGACUACUCUGAUUCUGAUAUUAAAGAGUCGCCAAUCAAGGAUGCACUGCAGCAAAUUGUUCCAUCCAGAUCCAAUUUGGCUGGAAAUGCCGACUGUACCACCCUUUACGUCUUUGGCUUGAUAGGCCGAGAUCGUGUCUCUGGUAGAAUGCGUUGCAAUUGCCACGUGGUCUAUAUAAAAGAAGACUUCACUCUUGAGCUUGCGAAUGAUGCGCUUCCUGUGCUAGAGAUGCUUGAUCCUGUUUCGAAUUUUAUGACGGCGAUCCUUGGCACCAGCUUAUUUGUCGCCGGUGGUUGGUGGCCGAAGGGUCGUUCUCUUGACCCCCGUGCUGCAGCUUCUAGAUGGGUUUAUAGCAUCGACACACAUAACCCAGGAGAUGGGUGGCAGAGGAGUACUUUCCUCACGCCCCGACUUUGCCCUCGCCUUGUCGUGUCCGGGGGCUCACUUUAUGCUUUUGGAUACGGUGGGGAGCCCGAGGAAUAUGGGGAGAAGAGUAGCCAUCACAAUUGGGCAGAGGUGUAUGAUGGCGAAAGAAGGGAAUGGAGUUAUGUGAAGGUGAACUAUGAUUCGAGUACAUGUGCACUGCCCAGUGAUGUAUACGGAGAUGUUAUGGAUGCGGAAGGGAAUCUUUUCUUAUUUGGGUGGAAGGGCAUUGUGAUGUGUCGCUAUGUCAGUCGUGGUGAAUGCAACAUCACACUCCUUCAGACAUGUAAUAAGAUCACGCACCAUCCAACACUCAUUGGCCGUUGUGUGUAUACACUUGGUGCUUCACCAACUGUUGUUUAUUGCCAUGACGUUAAGACACUGACGUGCUAUUCCGUUGAAUUGGGCAAACAUUUUGAUCUCGGCAAAAGAUCCAUAGAAGAGCUCUUAUAUUUCUCAUUCAGGUGUGUAAGUGGUUGCAAUCUCAUUCCUGUAGCUGAUGAUGGGUUGUAUGCGAUCGAACUCUAUGGGCGCUUUAAUAUUCUCACUUCAAAGGAUUGCAGUUACUCCCUCUGUUGCAAGAAAUACAUCUUUCAAGGACCUUCUGUUCAGAUUUCGAAAUCCACACUUCUCCCUGACGUUAAAUUCUCCUCCAUUAAGAAAUGCAUGAUUGUCCGUAAAGAUGGUCGUUUUGCUGUAGCUUGAUUAACAAGAUUGGGAGCCCCCCCUUUUUUUUGUGAUGCUAUGGUGCUGCUUUGAAAGCAAAGCUGGUGAAGAGGAUAAGAGGGAUUUGAUGUCUUUGGGUAAGCACCGUAGCAGUGCCAACUUUUUUGCUUAUUGUGUCCAAACAUUAGUAAAACAUAAAGCUAUUGGGAAUUG